AUGGGAGGUGCCAUUCUCUACCGAGUCGUGGACGCCAUGGUGCAGGAAGAAAAAACUCGCAUGGCCAAUCUCGUGUCCGAACCGGAUGAAGCAAGCCCAUUACGAGAAUCGAAUUACAAAUUCAUCGCCUGCACAAAAACAUCCGUUUCAGCAGAGCGCCUGCUCGGCUCGCUCACUCCAGAGCAACGAAGCUACGUCAGUGUCACUCACAGCCUCAACGUACCCGUGGAAGUGAUUGAAAACGCAGACAUCGUCGUUCUCGCAUUCAAGCCAUUCAUGGCGGAGGACGUGUUGACGACCCCCGGAAUGCAUCAGGCGCUCGCCGGCAAGUUGGUCAUCAGUGUUCUCGCCGGGCAGACCCCCCAGGAUCUCACUCGAAUGAUUUUGCGAAGCGAAGCUAUUGGACCGUCUCAAUUAGACUCCCGGGCCAACCCCGUGUUGAUGAGCCGUCCGAUCGUGGUCAAGGCGAUUCCUAACAUGGCUGCCCGAUACAGUCAGUCGACCACCAUUAUCGAGACGCCGGAGGAACGACUUCCUGACCACAUGUCAUCCUUUGUGGAGUGGUUGUUCAGCCAGGUCGGCACAAUCAAGUACCUACCGCCGAAUCAGAUGGACCUGGGCUCGGUCCUAGUCGGUGCCACCCUUGCAGCUAUGACGGUCCCGGUGGAAGGAAUGCUGGAUGGGUGCGUGGUCGAAGGCAUGAAGCGACCAGAUGCGAUGGAGUUGAUGAUCGGUGGGUUGAAGGGACUGACGGCAGCUUUGGAGGCGGGAGUUCAUCCAGCCGUACUGCGCGAGAGCAUCUCGUCUCCACGCGGAUGUACCAUCCAAGCCCUGCUCACGCUGGAAAAGGCCGGGAGUCGGGCAGAUUACGCAGAAGCCAUCAUCAACGGUACGCAGCAUCUCAAGAAGCCAAAGCACUAA